AUGCUCACUAGUUUAUCGUUUCCUUUGCUUCUUUUGGCGCUGAGUGCUUUUACACCAACAAAUGCCAGCAAAAGCGUGACAAAUAUUUCGGAUUGCCCGAAAUUGACGCCUAGAAAUGGAACUAACAGCGUACACGAUCUUCGUAUCGAUGAUAUCAAAGUAGUGGGAGCAUUGGGCGAUAGUAUUACUGCAGGAUUUGGUAUACUUGGAUAUGACGCCACCCUACCGCCGCUGCUCGGUUUAUUGGACAGUUAUAAUGAAUAUAGAGGACUCAGUUAUAGUAUCGGUGGCGAUGAGAAAGCAUACACAGUUCCUAACUAUAUCAAACAUUUUCAACCACGUUUAAAUGGAUAUUCAACAGGCAAGCAUAUUGGCGAAUACUGCAAUGCUGAUAACUGUGCUGCUAAUUAUUUACCUGAUCAGGAUGAACUGAAUGCUGCCCAAAGCGGCGCGAUAGCUAUGAACCUAGAUCAUGAAUUGGACUAUCUAAUUAAGCAAAUGAGAAAUAUGAAAAAUAUUGAUUUCGAUAAGGAUUGGAAAAUGAUCAAUAUUCAAAUUGGCUCAAACGAUAUGUGUGGUGCCUGCAAUACUUCUUAUUCAGACGAAGUGACGCCUGACAAAUUUGGCAACUAUGUUGAAAAAGUUAUUGAGAGGAUUGAACGAAAUAUUCCACGAGUCCUUAUCAACUUAAUUGGCACCUUCAACGUUUCUGAAGUGUUUCCGCUGACGGCAAAUCACCCUGAGUAUUGUCAUAAUCAAAACGCAACAAAUGGGAAAGAGCACCAUUCUUGCGCUUGUUCGGCGACACCCGAGGGUUUAGCCACGUUGUAUAAUUUAUCUGCUGCUUACAAUGAAAGAUUGUACUCUAUUUAUAAAAAGUAUCAAAAAACAAAGAAGGAUGAUUUUGCAGUAGUUUACCAACAAAGUAAUAUCAAUAUCUCAGGGUUUCCUCUAGAUUUCUUUAGGUAUAAUAAGUUAUUUUUUGGAAAUUGA